CCUGUCAGGCGACCAUAGCAGUGGAGCUCCGUACAGUCGACCGGCUCGAAGAUUAUUUUUAUUCUUGUAGAAGUUUCGACAGAACAUGUUGGAGUAGAUUCGGCACCACUUAGGGGAGAUUAGGGGACGAUCUUCUCGCUCCUCUUCCGCCUCUCUGGGGACUUUCCGCUCGGACGACGUUAUAAAAAGUUAGUUUCGCUUUCGCUCUGAACAGUGCGACACGUUUGGACGAAGCGUAAACAGGCUGCCGGCUCGGGAGAAGGAAAGGAAGGAUUUGAGCUCGUCUCGGUUUAAUUUCGGAGUCUUUUCGAGCUGUGGGACAAACCUCGUCACAGCAAACCUGCCUCGUGGAAAGUAAACCAGAUCCUGUGCAUUAUGCAGAAAAUGAGCUACUUCUUCCCGUUGCUCUGCGUGUGCCUGGACGUGUGCAUGGUGCACGCUAUCCGCCUGGCCCAGCUCUCCCCUCUCCUCCUCCCCCAUCCUUUCAUCACCCUGUGGGGAGGAGCGCUGACCAGGGCCUCCUUCCUCGUCCUCUUCGCCUUCACCUACCCUGGAAGCGCGCCCUGGAUGAGGAGCUUCGAGGGGCUCCAGAGCGUCGGGGUGCUUUGCCUCCACUUCCCGGUGUACAUCACUCUCCUCUGGGCCCUGGGGCAGUCCACCACGGAGAAGCUGUUCGGGUGGCACUCCUGGGAAUGGAUGCUACAGGGUUAUGUGGUGACGGUCGUGGCCUGGCUCUACUGGAGUCGGUACGUGUCAUCCUGGCUGAAGAGGACGCCGUCCCGGAAGCCCACAGUGGACACGAGCACCCCUCUGAAGAGACUGAUGGGAUACAUGCGGCCUUACGUCGGACGCUUUGUGGCCGUGCUGACUCUAGUGUUUCUCUCGUCUUAUGGUGAGAUGGCGAUGCCUCAGUACACGGGUCGUGUGGCUGAUUGGAUCCAAAAUGAAGAAGCACCCGAUGCAUUCACAGAGGCCAUCACAAUGAUGACACUAAUGACUAUUGCCAGCGCUGUGCUUGAGUUUGUGUGCGACCUCAUGUACAACGUCACCAUGAGUCUCAUACACACCGCGGUGCAGGGAGCCGUCUUCCAGGCUGUGCUGAAGCAGGAGAUUGCUUUCUUUGAUGCCACUAAAACCGGUGAGCUCGUGUCCCGCAUCACCACGGAUACCAACGACAUGAGCGAGGCGCUGAGUGAGAAACUGAGUCUUCUGAUGUGGUACACGGCACGGUUCUGCUUCCUCGUGUUCUUCAUGGUGAGGCAGUCCUGGAAAAUGAUGCUGCUCACUUGCAUGGGACUGCCCAUCAUCUGGGUCAUACCUAAACUCACCGGACACUUCCACCAGACUAUUGCUGUAAAGGUUCAGGAGUCUUUGGCUAAGGCCAACCAGGUGGCCACAGAGACAUUUUCCAACAUGAAGACGGUGAGGAGUUUUGCCAAUGAGGACGGUGAGACAGAGAGGUACAGACAGCAGAUGGAGGCCACCUACGCCCUGAAUAAGAAGGAGUCAGCAGCCUAUGCAGCUUCGACCUGGGCCAACAGCAUGACCACUUUAGCCCUGAAGCUGUGCAUUCUGUACUACGGGGGGACGCUUGUGACCAGGGGGGCUGUGAGCAGCGGAGAUCUGGUGUCGUUUGUCCUCUACGAGCUACAGUUUGCGUCUUCUGUUGAGGCUGUCAUGCGUUAUUACCCAGAAGUGAAAAAAGCAAUCGGAGCCUCUGAGAAGAUCUUUGAAUAUUUGGAUCGGAAACCUCAGAUACCCCCAGAGGGCAAGUUGGAGCCUAAAAACCUUAAAGGACACAUUCAGUUCAGGAAUGUUCAAUUUUCCUAUUCUGGAAAGACAGACGACAAGAAUCUUGUGCUUAAGGAUGUGUCUCUGGAGGUAAAGCCAGGCCAGAUCACUGCCCUCGUGGGACUUAACAGAUCAGGGAAGUCCACCUGCGUCAAACUACUGGAGAGGUUUUACCAGCCACAGUCUGGGCAGAUCCUGCUGGACGGAGAACCACUGCAAAGCUACAAAGACCAGUAUCUGCAUGACAAGAUGUCUGUGGUGAGCCAGGACUGUGUGCUGUUUGCUCGCUCCGUGCGGGAGAACAUCAAGUAUGGCUGCGAGGACAUCUCUGAUGAGAAGAUGUUCAGGGCUGCCGAGCUGGCCAGCGCCCACGAGUUCAUCACGGACCUGUCCAAAGGAUACGACACAGAUGCUGGGGAGAAGGGAGGCCAAGUGUCUGGAGGUCAGAAGCAGCGCAUAUCCAUCGCUAGAGCUCUGAUCAGAAAACCUAAAAUCCUGAUCCUGGACACUGCCACCAGUGACUUGGACACAGAGAAUGAACACCGGGUCUACCAGGCUUUGCUGAAGGAAACUGCUGCAGAGAACUGCUCCGUGCUGUUGAUACCCAACAAGAUGAGUGUUGCAGAGAAGGCCAAUCACAUAGUCGUGCUCAACAACGGGAUGAUAGAGGAGGAGGGCAGGCACGAUGAGCUGAUGGAGAAAGGCGGCCUUUAUGCCGAGCUGGUGAAGAAGCAGAACACGAGCUUUCAACGACGAAAAGAGGACGGGACUGACGCACAAUGACGCGUGUGAGCGGCAGUCCAAAGACAGGAAGGUUUCCAGGCUUCAAACUCAGGCUUCACUUGUACUAUAAAGAACAACGUUCAUGUGUGAUGACACUUUAUACUACAAGUGUUUGCUGAAGAGGUCAACCGAUAUGCUUUUGUCAGUGCUGACACCAGCAUCCAUUUACCCAACUAGUGUUGGGUACAGAAAUUAUAACACAAACUUUGUUGCAAUGUCUGUGUUUAUUUAUAUUUUAUUUAAAAAAGGACUUCGGUUGACCCUUAGUUUGGCCCAUUUACACUAUUGCACCUUGAAAGUAGCUGAAGCUGCGCCUCCUCCAGAAAUCCAUAAAAAUAAAGCAACCUUUCAAUCAACAUCAACCAUCCAAUUCUUCACUCAAAAAAAAUCCAUCAUCUGUCACAGUGUAGUACCACUUCUUGUCAAAAUCAAUCAAGAGCAUCCAUCUAUUCAUCCAUAACCUAUAGCAGCGUAGCAGGGGGCUGGAGCCUAUCUGGGCGAGAGGGAUACCAUGCAGACUCCACACAGGCCGAGCUGGCCAGCAGUGAGGCGACAGUGCUCGCCGCUGUUCCACGAUUAGAGUAAAUGACGAGACAGGAGUAUUUAUUUUUCGUUCACAAAAAUCUGCCGCUCUGUGACGCUGUCUGGCUUAUUGUUCAGCACAUUCAUCCAGAAUGUUGCAACACAUGCAGAGGUUCAGUAUUAAAAGUGGAAGCACAGUCCUGUGAACAGCUUAUUCAUUCUGUCUCAUGGUAGCUAUGAUCAUAUCACCCAACCCCAGGUCUUAGUGGGCAGCUUUCAUGUCCGAGUAGGUGUGAAUCUUCUUGAGAGUUUAUAACCACUAGGAUAUUGCUUCAUUCUCUUUAUAAAUGUAGGCGUAGAGGAGCUCAAUCCGCUAGAUUCUGUUAUGUUUUCUAUCACAUGUCUAUGUUUAUGUCUAUGUUUUCUCAACUAUAGUUGAGACUGACAGUGUCUAAAUGUUCUGGAUCUACUCUUUGUAUUUUCAUGCUUGUGUUUUUUCCACAAGUUUUCUUUUAUUAGUGAUGUUUUACUUUUGAUUGUUUCAGCUUGUUGGCGUUUGGUGACAAUAAAUGGUUUCCAU